AGUAUAACUGUAGAGACUGUGUAGAGAGUACGCGUCAACCUAACACUCGCUUUAUUUAUAGCGCGAAACUGAUUUUCGAUAAUUACACAUUAACAAAUAAGUUUUACUAUUCGAGACAUUGUCCUUUGUGCGUUUGUGUUCACCGAGCCUGUUAAUUAAAAUUAAAAUAUCAAUUGCUAUCCAGGAGUUUGCUGUUUUUAACUCUUAAAGAAAAGACGAAAUGGGGUAAUCGGCGAUUGACAUUUUAGUGUUAUUGGAUUUAAGAUAGUGCUGGUGAUAUAUGUGUGGUUUUAGUAUACACGUGUGAUAGACACAUCGACCGCCAUGUAUUCUAUGAACUAUAUCGGCAAGUUCAUUGCGAACUUCCGGGAAUUCUACAACGAAAUCAAUAGCGCGACGCUGACCGGCGCCAUCGAUGUGGUGGUGGUAGAGCAGCCAGAUGGUAGCUUCACGUGUUCGCCAUUUCACGUUCGCUUCGGCAAACUCGGCGUGCUGCGCUCGAGGUUCAAAGUUGUGGACUUAGAACUAAACGGUGAACAAUUAGACAUCCACAUGAAGCUGGGGGAGUCGGGAGAAGCGUUUUUCGUGGAGGAGGUGGGUGAGGAUGAGGCGGUGUGUUCCGCGCACCUUGCUACAUCCCCCAUACCAGCUACGCGUUUCGACGAACUUUACGAACCAAGGCGUAGAAAUUCACUGUCGAUAGUCGAGCCUGACCAUGGCCUUGCUUCCGAUUAUACAAAACGACGAUAUACUGCUGACGGACAGACUAUGCAGAAACCUGAUUUAAGUAAGCUUAAAACCAAAGAUGAAAAUAAAAAAAGAAAUGAUACUGAAACUGAAGCCUUAUUUGAAAUGGAGGGCUUGGAUGAAGUAUCAGUCGAUUGGACCGAUGCGAAACCUAAAACAUUUGCAGCAACGCAACUCGGCGGAGCCGAGAGCCAGGCUAACCAAGUAGUACAAAAGAUUAGUGCGAAUAACGACUUCCGCCCUAUCGAUGCAGCGCCCUCCGCACAGGAAGAAGUAAAGCAAAAUGGAAACGGAAAAAAGAAAAAAAAGACUAGAAAGGUCAGCAUGAAGAAGAAGCAUCAAAGAAAGUCUUCAACCAGUUCUGUUUCAAGCCAAUCAGACCUCGCUAGUUCCGAGCUGCGCGGGUCGCAACCCACUGCCAUUCCAAAUAAUGCUGAUAUUAAUUUUUUCAGUGACACCGAAGUGAAUGCUGCUAUUCUCAGUGAAGAAAUGUCGAAUUUGAAGCUGGACGGAGACAACCGCAUCCCGCUGGCGUUGUCCGAUACAGCGUUCGAGGUGCAUGCAGCCUCCAGACACUCCAAGGGGUCACGUACCGGCACGCCUGUGCAGUCAGACACUGAGGUGGAGUUGUCGCGUGCGACUGCUGGUGACAAAUCAUCGCAGUCGUGGCGAUGGGGCGAGUUGCCGGAGCCUCCGAUGAGAGGGACGAAUACCGAGUCUCCCGAAAGCCCAGCGUCUCCGGUGUCCCCGGCGUCCCCAGCUUCGCCGGCCGAGCCCGUCAGUUCGGACGAGGAACGACCGGGACGGCGCGGAGUGUUCAGCGGGAUGUUCCGCUUCAUGUCGACACGGGACGCCAACGACGCGGCGACGGGGGGCGUUUAUCUAGACGACCUCGACCGCGGUCAAGUUGACCCCGAUCUGUAUUUCCCAAAGCACCACACUGAACGCUACCGCUCAGGGGGCAGCAGGGUGGGUACUGUGCAAGAAGGAGGACCUACCGAAGAGGAGUAUGAGUCAGGCAAUGGACCUUCUCUACCACAGUCCCCGGCUUCCCUCGAACCGCCCACUAUCGACUCGGAUGACGACGACAAAAUAUUGAGCAAGGGGGAGGUUUCGGUGUACGUACGCGAGGGCGCGGUGUCGCGCGCGCUGCCGUUCGACGAGUUCUGCGCGCGCGGCGACGCGCUGGCGGCGGAGGGCCGCCUCGUGGUGCGCGUGGGCACGCGCUGCCUGCCCUGGCGCAGCGCCGGCCCGCUGCUGCUCUCGCUGCUCGCCUACCGCCGCCCGCUGCCCAACCGUAUCCUUGAGUCGUUGGACAAGGGUUCAGUGGAAGCGGAAGCGGAGGCGGAGGCGGAGGCGGGCGAGGCGGCGGGCGCGGCGAGCGCGGGCGCCAAGCCGCGCGCCUACAGCUGGUGGAGCUGGCGCCGCUCCAACGCGGACGCCAAGCGAAUUGAAUCAUCGCCACCGAAAGAAGAAAUUACAAAGGAUCUAAACGUAGAAGAAACACCUGAAGUAACCAAAAGUAUUAAAGAAGUGACUAUAAGUGAAGAUCAAGUGGACCACGGCACUGAAGAAAAAGACCGUGAAACUGAAGAGAACGAUGUAAAUGACGUCAUAGAACCACAAGAAUCAAUUCAAAUUGAAGAUGGAACAGAACUAUUGCUCGAGAAACCAUCGCAAAUAAAAGGAGAGCAACAUGAGCAAAGUUCGUCAGAUUCGGAACAAGAGACAUCCAAACAUCAGAAACCUCGUCGUCAUUCCACAUUCCGAAAAACACUGCGGUUAUCUUCAGAACAAAUUAGAAAGUUGAAUCUGCGCGAGGGCAUGAACGAGAUGGUGUUCAGUGUGACGACGGCGUAUCAAGGCACCACGCGCUGCAAAUGCAACGUGUUCCGCUGGAGACACGACGAUAAAGUCGUCAUUUCGGACAUCGACGGCACCAUCACCAAGUCAGAUGUCCUUGGUCACAUUUUCCCGCUGGUAGGGAAAGACUGGGCUCAGUCUGGUGUGGCGCAACUUUUCACCAAGAUCAAGAACAAUGGCUAUCAACUACUCUAUCUUUCUGCUAGAGCUAUUGGCCAGGCUCGGGUGACGCGCGAGUACCUGCGCUCGAUCCGGCAGGGCGAGCUGUGCCUGCCCGACGGGCCGCUGCUGCUCAACCCCACGUCGCUGCUGCGCGCCUUCCACCGCGAGGUCAUCGAGAAGAAGCCCGAGGAGUUCAAGAUACAGUGCCUCGCCGACAUCAAGGCCUUGUUCCCGCACGGCUCCAACCCCUUCUACGCGGGCUACGGGAAUAGAGUCAACGAUGUUUGCGCGUACCAAGCUGUCGGCAUACCAAUUGUGAGAAUUUUCACCAUCAACUACAAGGGCGAACUGAAACACGAAUUGACGCAAACAUUCCAGUCGACGUACUCGCACAUGUCGGUGCUGGUGGACCAGGUGUUCCCGCCCGCGCUGUGCGAGCCGAGCGGCGAGUUCUCGCACGCGGUGUACUGGCGCGACCCGCUGCCCGACCUCCAACUGCCGCCGCUACAGCCCGCCCACCAACAAACCACCAAACACUAGAGAUAGCACCCACCAAAACACUACCAAAUAUUGAAACAAACACUAUACACACCGCCCACCAAAACAUAACCAAACUUUACACAUAUUGUAGCUCGUGCGUGAAACGGUUUCCAAGGGUUUAUAACGUCACGUAAAGUGCUAGCGGUAGUAACUGAGACGAAUUAGAUGAUUAUCGGACAACCUUCCACGCGUGGAGUGUACUUACUAAUCACGGCAUACGUUGCCAAUUGCCACCUGUACUAUAAAAAAGACUAUUGCACUCUAUUUCAUGUACUAAGAAGACACUACAAUUCACGACAAAGUACGUUAAAGCACUAUUUACGUACUUAUAUAAAUUUAUUCAUUUUGCUAAUGGCAAUAAAAAAUUAAAUAUCUACGGAGUUUACAUUUUGCUCUAUUUAAUCAAAAAUAAGUCGGCAACCCUAUAUAUAUUUUUAUUUCAAACUUUAUCUAAGAUAUCUGUUUAACAAGGUGUUAAUUUAUAUGUAGGAUUGGAAUAUAAAAAUAUUUCUUGUGCUUAUUAAUUGUUAGUUAAUUACAUCAUCAUAUUUGACCAUUGAUUAAUUUUUGAGAAGCAUUAUAGAUAUUUAAUACACAUAAAUUAAAGAGCGCUUUUGAAAGGGCGGGCCAUUAUCCAUUAGCGGAUUAUGAAAAAUACAAAAAUAUUUCUCAAUACACUUCUCAAUAUACAAAUAUUACUCUCGAUACUACGAAUUUUCCUUUACUUUAAUUUAAAGUAAUAUAGAAAUGUAAAUAUUUACAAUGUGCUGUGUGACAAUUUUAGUUAAAAUUUUAAGACAAUUUUAAAGAAUUAUUUCAAGAAUUUAGUGUUAGUAGUUAUAACUAGUGGAACAUGAUAGAGGCACAUAGAUACUAAAUUUCGCACUUAACAUUCUUUAGCUUUUUAAGUUUUAGGCUUUCUAGUGAAUUGCUCGCUGCUCAUUUAUAAAAAAAAAUGUCUGCGGUACAUCAGUGCUAGUUCACGGCAAAUGGACUGCCGAUUAGUUUUAGAAGCAUUAAUUGUUAGCAUGUGUGUUUUAAAAUAAUGUUUGACAUCAGUAAAUUAUAUAUAUACAUACAUACCCAAAUACCUACUUAUUUGAUUGCUAAAUUGACAGAAGUUUUCAUUAUAUUUUUUAUAAUGUAAUUAAAAUGUUUUAUUUUACCUUACAUGCUAAAUUCCGUUAGUUUUUGAAGUGCAAGUGUACGACUAGGGUUUGAUAGUUUAUAUUAUUAAAUACACUUGUUUGUCAAAUGUUCGAUGAUAUGGUAAAUAUAAAGCAUGCUGUGAUAUGUGAUCUCAGCCUCACUUUGCAAUAAGGAUCCACGGUUGCCCCGUUAGUUCCUUUCCAUGCAUUUUCGUCAACAUAGUUGGUCUUUGUGAAUUGGUGGCAACUAUCUUAAUAUAAUCACAGCGAUUAACAUAAAAUUUUGGGUCUUCCGGAUAUAACAGUUUGAAUAGACGAACCCUAAUAUUGUCUGUGUGAAGAUCACUUAUAUUUGUUAACCUCAAACUACAAUAUUUUUAUUUACUUUAUUUAAAAGACUGUUUAUUCCAUAGAUUGCAUAAUGUUAUAUAUGAUUUGCUAACAAGCUGUGAUGUCGUCGAUUGAUGAAGCAAUGCUUUAUUUUUGUACUGUGAUUAUAUGAUGUAUGCUAAGUUAUUUUUAUUUUAAACUACAUAUUUUACACCGAACUAGAUUACAUUCGGAGGCAUAGCCCCAGUUCGAUUCUAGCUCUUAACUUAGUUGGUUUUUAAUAGUGUAACUUUUGUAAUUUUUAAUUAAGAUUUUGAAUAGGUUCAUAAUUGAUCAUCGGUUUUAGUUGAUUUAUUAUUAAUUUUGUAUGUCUUAGAUUUUAAUGAGAAUAAUUUAUUGUUUCUGUGAUUCAUUAUUAAAAAAAACCCAGACAUUUUACGUUU